CUCGUUUAUUGCAGCUCGAGCGUCGGAGGAGAGGAGUGCCAUGUCAGAGAGCGGCUCCUCGCGCAUCACCACCGAGCCAUGCGCUUUAACGAGCAUUAGUACCGGGAGAGAUGAGGCACUGAAAGGGGCUAUGGCUCGGCAGCGUUAGGGAGAGAGGGUUGAAGGAAUACGGUGGAGACAGAGGCGGCGGGUCUCCCUAUCCUCAGCGAAGCGGAUUGUUAGAUGUUCAUUCCUCAAACCUUUUCGAACAUGCUUUAUUUUCAGCUGGUGAUCAUGGCGGGGACUGUCAUGCUGGCAUACUACUUCGAGUACACGGACACAUUCAACGUGCACGUCCAAGGGUUUUUCUGCUAUGACAAUGCCUACACGAAGCCCUACCUAGGACCGGAGGAGACCAGCGUGAUACCGCCGGUUAUACUGUACGCGGUGGUGGCAGGGGUCCCGACAUUAGUGAUCACUGUGACCGAGACCGUGCUGUUUCUGGUGCAGUACACGUCCAAGGAGUUCGACCGCUCGGAGAAGACGUAGACGGGAGACUGCUGCUACCUCAACCCUCUGGUCCGACGCACCUUCCGCUUCCUCGGUGUUUACACGUUCGGCCUUUUCACCGUGGACAUCUUCGUCAAUGCGGGCCAGGUGGUGACGGGGAACCUGGCGCCCUACUUCCUGACGGUGUGCAAGCCCAACUACACGGCGCUGGGCUGCCAGCAGGCGCUGCGCUACAUCAGCCACCAGGAGGCGUGCACAGGCGACAAGGAGGACAUCCUGCGCGCCCGCAAGACCUUCCCCUCCAAAGAGGCGGCGCUCAGCGUGUACGCGGCGCUCUACCUGGCGAUGUACAUAACGUGUACUGUGCGAGCCAAGGGGACUCGCCUGGCCAAACCCGUCCUGUCUCUGGGUCUCAUGUGUCUGGCCUUCCUCACGGGCCUCAACAGGGUGGCCGAGUACCGGAACCACUGGUCUGACGUCAUCGCCGGCUUCAUCAUCGGAUUGUCAAUAGCUGCCUUUCUGGUGGUGUGUGUGGUGCAUAACUUCAAAGGGAAGCUGUUGCUGAAUGAAGACCCCCCACAGGAGAGCAUGGCCAACCCUGCCAUGGUGAACAUGCCUGGUAGAGUAGAAAGCCCCUUGGAGAAAUACAUCGCUUCACAGAUGUGGGGAGCCGACAGGGGUUAUAUGGCUGUUGAAGCAGACUUCCAAGAACCACAUCGCCUUCGCUGACGUCACAUGACCUUGAGUCGGCUGUGUGGCAGACCCAUUGGACAUCGACGCUCUUCACGGUCCAGUCGCGGUAGAGAGAGUCGAACGCUAGCUCAUCCCGUCCGUCUAUCUGUCUCGUCCGUGUUGCUCGUCCGUCCAGUUCCUGUGUCCCUCCCCACGGCUGCUGUCCUAUAGAAAACCACUUCCUGUCCGCUUGGGGACAAAGGCUUGCACUUCCUGGGUUUUACAGCACUUCUUUUUCCGACCUGAUGUUAUUGAAUUUAUGUCUACAAAAAAAAGAAGCUUGAAAUGUUAAGUACUGAUGUUUAGCACACACCAACAGACAUGUUGUAAAGAAGAGAAGGCAUUGGCUGGAAAAAGAGAUCCCAACUCCUUAUUGGUUAAAACUAUGGGUAACACUUUAGAUCCAAGUGCUUGUUUUAAGGGUUAGUUUAUAGAUAAUGAUGCCCUUGUAAGAUGCUUAUUAACAUGAGUUAAGAUUAUAUGUGUUAAUAAUAUUAGUGAGGGUUAGGGUAAUCAAGAGAUGGGAAAUGUUAAUCGUUAAUAAGGUCCCUAUAAAAUGCUUAUCAACAUUAAUAUGUGUUAAGAAGACUUACUAACUUACUAAGGCAUUAUUACCUAUUAACUAACAUUUAUUACAAUCACCUAAAUCUAAAGUGUUACCAAUCUUAGUUAUUCUGCUUUAUGUUAUGUUUCACUUUAUAAAUUGUACAUUGUAUGUCCUUUUAACUAGAAUCAUCCAAACAACUGGGAAAGAAAGUGCAUUUUAUUGUUUGUGAUGUACUUUGUAUUAAUGCUGAAUUUAUAUAUUCAGGUACAUUAAAAAGGGUAACGUAACCAUAUUCAGGUAGACGCCAUUUAACUCCUAGAUUGACAGAUUGAUGCUAUUCUUGUAUUGGGGUCCAGGAGGGUUUAGUUGCAUGUGUGUGCGAGCUAAAGCCUUGAGCCAGCCAAUUGAACCCAAUAUCCUCCUGCUAUGUGUGUCCGUCUGCCACAGUCACCAAUCCGUGAAGGGUGGAUAAGCUGCACAAGACAAUCACCAUCUCUCUCUCUCUCUCUCUCUCUCUCUCUCUCUCUCUCUCUCUCUCUGUCUCUCUCUCUCUCUCUGUCUCUCUCUGUCUCUCUAUACCUUCCUCCUGUUUCCCUCUCCCCAACUGUAUUUCCCAUUCCCCCUCUCUAUAUCUGUCUUCAGAUGACCCGUGGGUAAUAACUGUGGCUCGAGAUGUAAAUAUGGUGUUUGUUCAGCAGGUCUUUCACAGUCGCGUUGUGGAAAAUAGACACCGGGGCCAGGAGUGAAUGCUUCCCAUGACACGCGCUCGUGGAAAAAAGAAACAUUUGAUAUUGUUUCUGUCCUCUUCUUCUUUGAUAGAUAGGAUAAGAAAGUCUCGAUAGACACAUUUUUACCUUUUAAUUCGGGGAAAUAGAGCUGACUGUGGCUGUAACCCAUUGUCGGUAACAGAGUACUGUUCAUUUGAAUAUGAUUUGACUUGUGUGGCAGAAAUCCCAGGCGGAAGACUGUCUCCCUGACUCACAGGCCAGUAUUGAGAUUCAUGUAUCCGUAGGAUAUUCUGAGAUGCCUCUAUCGACUGCAGUGUGACGGUGUCUCAGAGUUCAAUGUUAUUGGGGCUGUGAAAUCUUUUGGUUGAAAGUUUUCUUUAUGUCUGGUGGUUUUUAGAAGAGAAGAUGAGGCUCAAUGUUACAGUAUGUGUCUCCACAUCACAGGUUUAUUCCCCAGAGAGAGAGAGAGAAAAAAAGAAAUAUGCACAGAAGGAGCAGUGUAGAGUGAUCAGUGUCAUAUCAUCUGGCUUCUUAUCAUUGAUCAAGUUAUUAACGCCUUUGUGAAAACCUUCUCUUGAGUAGCAAUAACUUAUAAUUUUCUGUCCCCGGAGUUUAUAAAAACAGACCAUCCAAAUGCAGUUUUCUCCCCUCAAAUCUAUAUUUUUGUAAAAAUCACUAAAAGCACUUAAAAUAAUCGUCACGGCCCCUCCAUUGAAACUGAAGAAUGGCAGUACUUAAAUAAGAACAGGUAGAAAUAUGAAUUGCCGCUAACAAAAAAUGGCUGAACCGUAAAGCUACAACUGCUCCUUAGAAACAUCAGUAUUCUGCAUCCACGAUAUUCAGGAUUUGUAAAAUUAGCUCCAAAUGUGCAUUGCAAGACAUAUCUGUUCCAGUAUUAUAUUCAUAUGAACUGAGGAAAAAAAAGAAGAAAAGUAUCUGUAAAAUAUGUGUACACACAGUGAGUUGAUAUCCUUUCGUCAGACAUUGCUGUCUAUUUUCUUAUGGCUGUGCGCUGUGUGUGUCCCCCUAUUCACAAAAUGUUUACAUGUUAAAUGUUAAUUUCAAUAAUUGCUUCUUGUCAUUCUUGAUCACAUUGUUUCACUUAUUGUUUGGUAGCCUACUCAUAAUUAUGUUUUUAUACUGUGUUUUGUGAAUAGUGUCAAUAUUCAACCCUAUUCUUGUCAUUAUUAUUAACAGAUGGUGGUAUGUACACGUAUUUCAUACCAGUUGUCUUUCAGAACUUGUUAAAGUUUUACAGGCGAGAAAAAGAUUAGGAUGCAAUUCUUUUGGUGUGAGUGUUAUUGCAUUAGUGAAUCAUUUUGGAUGGUACUGUAGUUUCUGCUUCUGAGUUUUUUUCUACCAUGUUCUCGUUCUUUCUUCUUUCUGUGACCUUUUACACUGUAGAGAAAAUGACAUUUUCAGUCUUUGAAUAAUAAAAAUAAGAAGAAUCCAGUCGUA